UAGUGCAGUAAUAAAGAACAGGUCCCAUGAUUCACCCAAACGCACCUCUCUCUAUUUGGUUAGACGUGGCCGUAUUGGAGCCGACUAGGAUCCAGGAGCCAUUAACAACAAGAAGAAGAAGAAGCACCUCUCUCUCGGCAACAGCCAGAACAAUAUAUAUCACAAUAAUAGAUCACUCAUUCCAGCAAAAAUGUCUCAGCGAGGCGGAGGAAGAGGGCGAGCGAGCCAUGGACGAUCGAAGCAGCCGACUGCUCCCAAGCAGGAGCAGCAGCGCAGCAGCUUCCGCAUGCUCAGCCGUCGACGAGCACCGGUGCUGUUCGCAGACCGGGAACGCAGCCGCAGGACACUGGCCUGAUAAUGCAACCAAGAGCACUGGACGCGGCGUGGUACAGCGUGUUGGCGAAAAGGGCGAUAGCACUACGGUUGCACAGAUAGGCAGAGGCGUGGAAAGACUCGAACUACCUCCCGCCGGUGCCAGUGGAGAUGCUAGUACCAGUGCCGGCCCAGCAAGCACCGGAGUUGUUGUCUCAUCUGGACGAGGCGGAACCCGCGGCAAGAGAAUGUUACCUUCAGAUAUAUUUGUUAUGAAGCCGAGCCACGUGGAGGACAAAAAAGGUUUCUCUGGCACCAAGGAAAUGAUAAAAGUUAAUUACUUCAAGUUAAUUCGGGCGACAGAUUGGGCUCUAUAUCAAUAUCGCGUUGAUUUUUCGCCUGAAGAAGAUCGCACAAUGGUGCGUAAAGGUCUACUCAGGAUCCAUCAGAAGAAUAUCGGCGCAUACAUCUUUGACGGCACUGUAAUGUACACAAGUUGCCGAUUACCCGAUCGAAUGGUGUUCACUUCGAGUCGACAAUCGGAUGGAGAGAUUAUAACUAUUACCGUACGUCUUGUCAGCGAUAUACUAGUAGGCGAUGCCCAGUACAUCCAAUUUUUUAACAUAAUCAUGAGAAAAUGUUACGAGCAUCUGAAGCUGAAGUUGGUCGGUCGCAAUUAUUUUGAUCCUGUUAACAAGAUCGUACUGCCGCAAUGCGGAUUGGAAUUGUGGCCAGGUUACUUAUCAUCUAUUCGUCAACAUGAACGAGAUAUCUUGAUGUGCGUCGAGAUAACUAAUAAAGUUAUGCGAUUGGAUUCAUUAUUGAAGAUCUUACAAUCUUGUUACGAGAGAAACCCGGGCAAUUUCAGAGAAAUGUUUGCUAACACUGUGAUUGGUACGGUAGUUCUCACCGAUUAUAACAACAAUACAUACCGUAUCGAGGAUGUAGAUUUUACAACUUAUCCUAGCAGCAAGUUUCGGUUAAAAGACGGCAAGGAAAUAUCGUAUAUAGAGUAUUAUCAAUCAAAGUAUGGAAUCAGGAUUGCGGAUCCUCAACAGCCAAUGCUUGUAUCAAGAUCCAAAAUAAAAGAUCGACAAGCUGAAGAGGCGAACCGGGUUUAUUUAGUACCCGAGCUGUGUCGCGCAACGGGUUUGACUGAUGAAAUGAGGGAAAACUUCAAACUUAUGGCAAGUUUGGCUCAAGAGACGCGUCUCGAUCCUGGAAAGCGUAUCGAGAAAUUGUUGAAUUUUAAUAGAAGACUUUGCCAAGUACCUGAAAUUAUGCAAGAGUUGAACCAUUGGAAUCUUCAGUUGGAUAAAAAGCUGCUCGACAUUCCCGCACGAGUGUUAGCUCCCGAGAAAAUCUAUACUGGCGACUUUGCUUCUGACAGCAAGAGUGUACUUACUCCCGAAAGAGGCGAUUGGACGAAUACAUUACGUAAUAAGAAAUGUGUAAUUGCUCCACCAUUGAAUAAUUGGGUGUUCUUGUGUACCGACAGGGAUAGAGCUCGUGUGGAGGAUUUUAUAAAAACUCUAAUAAAAGUAUCAUCAGGGCUUUCAUUUCAAAUGUCGCGUCCGGACAUACAAACUAUCCGCGAUGAUAGACCGGGCACGUAUAGCGAGAUGUUGGAACGAGUACUGAGCAAGCAAGUACCACAAUUGGUGUUUUGCUUAGUAUCGAACAAUCGCAGCGAUCGCUACUCCGCGAUCAAGAAGAAGUGCUGUGUCGACCGGCCUGUGCCAUCGCAGGUCUGCUUGUUUAGAACAAUGACGCACAAGAAUAUCAUGUCUAUCGCCACAAAAAUAGCGAUACAGAUGAGCUGCAAAUUGGGCGGGGCACCGUGGUUUGUGGAUAUUCCCUUGGACGGAAUGAUGAUGAUUGGAUUUGAUGUUUGCCACGACACAACGAUGAAAAACAAGGAUUUCGGCGCUACAGUUGCUACUUUGAACAGACAAAUGACGAAGUACUUCAGCGCGGUAAGCGUGCACAACACCGGCGAGGAACUGUCGAGUGAUCUUUGCGACAACAUCUGCAAGGCCGCACUGACGUACCAAGCGACUAACAAUCGUCUGCCAAGUCACAUUGUGAUUUAUCGCGAUGGUGUCGGCGAGGGCCAGAUCGCGCAAGUUAUGGAUCGCGAAGUUUUACAAAUAACGAAGAGGCUCAACGAGAUGUAUGGCGGCCCGAAAUACAAGAUGGCCUUCAUAAUCGUGACGAAACGGCUGAACACACGAUUCUUCCGUGGAAACUACAAUCCGGAGACGGGCACGAUAGUUGACGACGUAAUCACGAGCCCGAUCAAAUAUGAUUUCUUCAUAGUGUCGCAGCAGGUGCGGCAGGGCACGGUAACGCCUACCUCGUACAACGUCAUUUACGACACGCUCGGUUUAGAUCCCGACAAGAUACAACGUUUGACAUACAAAUUAACCCACGCAUACUACAAUUGCUCAAAUACCGUUCGAGUACCGGCGCCCUGCCACUACGCUCACAAGCUGGCGUUCCUGGUCAGUAAGUUUAUUCACCGGGCGCCGGAUACGCAACUUCAAAACACGUUGUACUUUUUAUAAUUUGCUGUUUUUUUACUUUGUAAUACUACAUUAUUUCAUUCUUUUUUCCCCCUGGUCUUGUACACAAUAUCUUUCAUUUUGCCUUUGUUAAUGCUACAUUUGAGAUAGUUUAAUUACGAGAAUGAAGGUUUUAUUUUUAAGAUUAUUAAAAUCUCAAAGGAACUACAGUUGAAACUCAAAGAGAAAAACUGAAUGAUGUGAUACUUUCAUUGCUUCUAAAAUAAUGCUGCUUUGAGAUAAUUUACAGUCAAGUACACUGAAAGUGAAAUAUUUUACAAUAAAUAAUUUUUUAUAUUAACAUUAAUAUGAAACAUUUGGUGCAAAUGUCAAAUGAUUAAGGUUCCUAGUCUGUUCCGCAAUUGUCCUUGUUUAAUGAUGUUAGAAACACGAAAUGACGUUGAGAAUUCUUGUGUUAAUUUUUAAAUAAAAAAGAUAUUUGGACGAAAAAAAGACUUGAGAUUACUUUAGCACACUUAUAAAAUUGUCCGAAAAUUACCCUUUUCUUUAUUUUAAAUUUACUUAAAGAUGUUUUAUGGAACAUUUUGUUGACUAUUGACCCUAGUGCAUCGGCUAAACGUUGGCUCAACACAACCAAGUAUUGGGCCAAUGUUUAACUAAUGUUUGUUCGAUGCACUGUGCUACUAGGGGGAGUACCCAAAGAUGAUCUUAAAACUGUCUUGAAUAUAAAACUGAAUAUACCGGCCUUAGUUAUGUGCAAUCGCGUAAAUUUUCAGUGUGUUGUUUCUCACUUUUUAUGUUAUUAAACAAGAACAGUUACAGCAGGAGCUUUAAUAUUAAUAUGGAACGUUAUUUAGAGAAAAGCUGAAAGAAGCACUUUGAGUUGUGGGUAAUUGGAAUCUAUUGGUAGCUAUUUUAGCGCCCUGACUUCUCUACUUUUUAAGGUUUCUUCAUUGUAACUAUGUUGAAUUAUUAUAUAAAAAUCAUUUAAUUUUCGUAUAAUAUUAAGUACUGCAGUCAUUAGGGUUUCAUCGCAUCGAAUAGUCUACAGUAAUGCUGGAUGUGAUAUGAGUACUUAGCCAUUCCAAUAAGUGCUGUUUUGUUACCUCUUGUAGUCAUUGUAAUCAUUGAUUUCCGAGGUCUUCUUUUCUUUCGUUUGGACACGGUACGAUGUCUAAACUGGUGUUAUUAGCUACAUUUGGAAUUGUAAAUCCGAAAUUUCGGAGUGCUCUUUUGCGUUCAAGUGAACGAGAGAGGAUAAUUAGACAGAAAAGGAGAAGUACUUCCAUACCUCAGAUUUGCAAUGUCGAACACAAUUAUGUUACCAAUCCAAUUUAGUAGGAAUUUUAGUUUUACUUUUUGUACACCAAAGUUAUGUUUAUAAACUGUAUUUCUUCCGAUUUCAGUGUACAAUGUAAAUCGAUGUAUAAAAUCUAUUUCUAAUAGAUUUUUAAAUUCGUAUUUUAGUUUUAAUUACAUUUGUAAGGAAUGUUGACGAUAUCGAUGAUAAACUUCUAUAUAUAAUACACUUCUAAGUGCAGUUACAGUUUCAUUUAAGUUUAGUCAAAUUCAUGAAAAAAGUAUCUAAUCGCAUUCGAAAGAAUAUAAACAUUUUUGUCUACAUUUGAAUGCGACUCGCAGUUAUUUUCAAAAAGAUAAGCUUUUUCUUAAGAAGUUAACGUCUUUCAUCGAUGACAAAUUAAUUUUAAGUGGAGGUUUAUCUCGAAAUCUGAUUAUUGCAGCAAGAAAUUCCUAUAUCAAUAUUUUAGUUAGUCUUCCAUUACUCAAAUGUGAGAUUCCCCUAUUUUCGAUAUUCAACAUUACCAUAUUUCAUCCUCGAAAAUGUAAACGUUUAGAUCUCAAGAACUGAUAAAUGUUUAAUAACUAUUUGAUGUUAUGUAAGGUGUAAUAAAAUUAGUCUACGCAA